CCAUUUGAUAUGAUAUAUUUUACUAUAAUGCUAGCAUAAUUACACAUGACUGUACUAAAAAUAAUCAAACUUUUUACUUUAUAUGGGUAACCUCUAUGUAGUUGGUCCGAAUAAAGCUGUAAUAGUAUCAGGAGGAUUCAGGAACAAAAGGAAAAAAAAAAUAGUAGUUGGGGGCUGGGCUUGGGCUUGGAGUGGUGUUUCAGAUGUCCAAAAACUGUCAUUAAACUUGAUGACAUUAAUCCCAAAAUGUGAAGGUGUAGAAACAUCUUUCGGUGUUCCAUUGACAGUUUCCGGAGUGGCUCAAUGCAAGUUCAUGAACGAUCAAAAGCUUCUUGAGAUAGCUGCUGAACAAUUUCUUGGAAAAGGCGUUAAACAGAUUAAGGAGACUAUUAGAAUGACGUUAGAAGGUCACCUAAGAUCCAUAUUGGGAACUUUGACUGUAGAGGAGAUCUAUAAAGACAGAGAGAAGUUCGCUUCAUUGGUAAGAGAGGUGGCAGCACCGGAUGUUGGUAAGAUGGGCAUCCAAAUUUUAUCAUUUACCAUUCGAGAUAUUUACGACAACGUUCAAUAUUUACACUCUUUAGGCAAAGCACAAACUGCCGUUGUAAAAAAAGAUGCCGAUGUAGGCGUAGCAGAAUCUGAGCGCGAUGCAGGAGUCAAAGAAUCGUUAUGCAAAAAAAUGUCGAUGGAUGUUCAGUAUGAAAUGUCCUCAAGGAUCGAAAACAACAGAAGGGAAUAUGAACUUCAGAAAUCUGAUUUCAUGCAGCAAGUUAGUAGGGCACAAGCCGAGGCACGUCUUGCAUACGAGUUGCAAGCUACUAAAAUUCGCCAACAAAUCAGAAAUGAAGAGUUACAAAUUGACAUCGUUGAGAGGCGUAAACAAAUCGAAAUCGAAGAACAAGAGGUCACGAGGAAAGAGUUGGAACUAAAUGGGACGAUUAGGUUGCCAGCUGAAGCUGAGAGUUACAGGUUGCAGACAAUCGCAGAAGGAAAAAGGACUCACGAGAUUGAAACAGCUGUAGCUGAAAAAGAAAGCAUUACAAAGAAAGGUUUAGCUGAAGCUGACGUAAUCAGUAAUGUUGGUAAAGCAGAAGCUAACAUGAUGCUAAUGAAAGCUACUGUAUUUAAGUCAUAUGGGCAUGCCGCCAUCACAUCUCUUAUUCUGGAUUCUCUUCCAAAACUCACAGCUGAAGUGAGUUCACCUUUAGCUAAAACCGAGGAUAUUGUGAUAGUGGGAGGUAGCGACCAAGUUACAGCUCAAAUCGUUAAAAAAAACACUCAGAGGAUCUCACUGAAUAAUUUGAAAAAUCAAACAAAGCAUUGCAUAGCUUAUAGCUUGCAUAGGACCAGCCAAAACAUAUAAGCCUCGGGUGGCUUCGCUUGGUUGGGUAAUAAUAGAAGAUGGAAUGGAACUAAAUAUCAGAAGAUGGAAAAUAUACGAUAAUAAUAUUGAUGAAAUAUAAUGUUAAAUUAUGUAAUGUUAUAAAUUUAUAAGCAUGUUUGUUAGAUGAACUUAAGCAUGAGGUAAAAACCUUAAAACAUUGAUGUAAUACAAAAGUAAUGGAAAUAAAUAAUAAAAGCUAGAUCAAUUGUAUAAAUGAAAAAUAUCUCUGGAUAGAAUAACUUUAGAGGAAAAUGAUAUGUUCAACAAGAAAUAAUUAUUGAGUGUAUAAUGUAAAAAAAUCUUACUUGGAAGUCCC